UGCUAGCGCCUAGCGGAGACUAGACUAGAGUUCCCCAUAGCCGCCUGCACUGCACCGCACCACUAGUCCACAGAACAGAGUGCCAGGCCGUCUUCCCCCAAGAGCCACACACCCUUCCGCUGAAGAAGCUGUAGCAGCUUGCGAGCGAUGGCGCUGGCCCGUCGGUUCAUCUUCCUCUUCUGCGCCGCCGUCCUGGCCGGGCUCGCCUCCGCCUCCGCGUCUCCCUCCCGCUCCCUGUCUGACAGAGCGUCCCAGGCCAGCACCGGACUGACGGGGAGGAGCUUGCUGCAGACCAAGAACGACUGCCCUACGGACUUUGAGUCCCAGAACUACACGAUCAUCACAAGCAAGUGCAAAGGGCUGCAACAUCCUACUAUGGAAUGUUGUGCUGCUUUCAAGGAAUUUUCAUGCCCAUUUGCGGCGUAUAACAACAUGCAGAGCACUAACUGUGCGGCCACAAUGUUAGCCUACAUCAACGUCCAGGGCACGUACCCAGCCGGUCUAUUCGACGAGUGCCUAGUAGGCAUGGAAGGGGUUUCUUGCGAAGCCAUUCCAGCAAUAGAAACCGGUAUGUCAAAUGGUGGGCAACGAGUUCAAGGACACAAAUCACGCAACUCACGCCAGAGGGCGCUGUGGAUUAUUGCUGUGGCAGCUCCAUUACUUUCAAUACUCAUGUGCUUUAUCUGUUCCGCUAUAUGGAUGAGAAGACGACGAACAGGAAAGGUAAACUUGCACCAUCAAGCUGCCAUGAAUAGGCUGAAAGAAGACACAUUGGUUCCGAGAUUGGAAGAGAAGAGUUCAGAGUGCACUCUCUUUGACUUUUCUUUGAUAUUGCAUGCUACACACAACUUCUCCAAAGAAACCCUACUUGGGCAAGGUGGUUUUUGGCCCGUCUACAAGGGGCAAUUACCAGAUGGAAUGGAGAUUGCAGUUAAAAGGCUUGCCUCACAUUCAGGACAGGGUUUCACAAAAUUCCAAAAUGAAGUUGAACUUAUUGCAAAACUACAACACAAUAAUCUGGUCAAGCUCAUGGGAUGCUGCAUUCAGGGAGAAGAAAGACUUUUAGUGUAUGAAUAUUUGCCAAAUAAGAGCUUGGACUUCUUUAUCUUUGGUAUGCACAUUGUAGUUUUACCAUAUUUUAGAUUCGGUUUCGUCCAUACUAUCAAGUGCACACUCUACUGUACAGAUGAAAGCAUAACAACUUUUGUUGAUUGGAAUAAAAGAUGUUUGAUAAUCGAAGGGAUAGCCCAAGGUCUUCUAUAUCUCCACAAGCACUCUCGGUUGCGCAUCAUACACAGAGACCUUAAGGCCAGUAACAUUCUCUUGGACCAGGACAUGAAUCCUAAAAUUUCUGAUUUUGGGCUAGCAAAAAUUUUCAGCUCCAAUGAUACUCAAGGAAGUACAGGGAGGGUGGUGGGAACAUAUGGUUAUAUGUCUCCGGAGUAUGCAUCUCAAGGCAUUUACUCGGUCAAAUCUGACGUGUUCAGCUUUGGUGUGUUACUUCUCGAGAUCCUUAGCGGAAAAAGGAAUUCCGGUUUCCAUGAGCAUGAAGAUUUUCUUAACCUCCUUGGAUACUAGUGGAAUCUGUGGGAAGGUGGACGUUGCCUCGAGCUUCUAGAAGCAUCGAUUGCUAACGAGGUCCAUGCGGCGGAGGCUAGGAGGUACAUUAACAUUGCACUAAUGUGCGUACAGGAGCAUGCAGACGAUCGACCGACCAUGUCAAACGUUGUCACGAUGCUAAACAGCGAGAGCGUUGCUCUUCCGGAGCCUAACCAUCCGGCAUACUAUAACCUAACGACAACUAAGGAAGAUGAAUCGGCUAAUGUUCCAUGCAGCUAUAAUGGCGUAACCAUCACUGAGGAGCCAGAUGGCAGAUAGUUGAUCACUUUGCUUCGGUUCUUAAUGAAAGAUCAAGCAAAGCAGACAACAGGCAUGGGAAUUUUAUAUUUAUCUCUUAAUACUUCUGCAUUAGUUCAAGCUUAAAUACGCAUAAGAUAGGCAGAUAGACCGGACCAACUAAGCCUAUCAUAUUUCGGUUCUGAAGGAUGGCGACCAGCGUAUUUCUGUAGCGGUUGUUCUAUCCUGCGGUGAAUGAGGCUCUGCCGGUAUGCAUAGGCUUGAAACGACAUCCAAGCCAAUGCUGUAAAUAGCUUUUAUGCACCCGCAUCAUUAUUUUCCACUGGUGGCUGGUACCGUAGGCUUUGAAGGAUUACAGAAGAUUUUAAUCCGCUAGUAGCUGCA